AAAGAAACGUAAGGAAGAAAAGAAAUGAUCCAAAUUUCACGAAGCUCCACCUUCUAUGCUUAUCACUUCUUGAGGAUGAGUGAUCUUGAUCAUUUUACUUCUAAUUUUCAGGUCGUCACAGAGUAGACGAAUCGGAUAAAGUGCUCUACUUUUUUUUUGAAAAUAGAUUUUAUCGCCGACUUCUUUCCGGACUCGUUUCUCCAUUUUUGAAUUCCAAGAAUGUUGACACGACUAUCUACCUGUACUAUCUAGUUGUAAAAAUUUUCCUCUCCUCGGCGCAACAACUACAACGACAAAGAAAAUGGCAUCCGAACCCUUACCUCCAGGAUUGGAGGGUGACAUUGAUCCCGCUGUGCUAACCGCUACCAUGUUACACGAUAACCACGCAGGGGUAGACGGGAACAACCCCUAUCAUGCUGCCGGUUGGUCUGCUGCAGCAAUCCAAGAUGCGACCUUGACGACGGGAGAACAGAUUCAAUAUACACCUGAGGUAGUUCAAUUCUACUUAGAAGAACAAUUUAUAGUUGUGAAUGUUGAAGAGAAAAAAAAGAAAGCAAAAUCUUUCAGGAACUGUUCAACAAUCAAGUGAUAACUACAUCAAAAUUUUGUUGUCUUCUUUAUCCAGCACCGCCUCUUUAUUUUCUCCACAGCAAUGGGCAGCUUGGUUAGCGGAAGUUGGAAUGACCGAAGAACAGUACAUGGCACAGAUGGCGAGAUUGAUGAUGGGAAAAGGAGCUGGAGGUUCAUCCUCUAGUACCGCACCAAAAGGAGCAACUGCUAAUGGAAGUGCGACGAAUGGAGCUUCUACGACUACAGCAACACCAAAACAAAAUAAUAUCUCUGCAUCCGCAUCUGGACUCCUCGGCGCUGGUAUUUUACCCUUACACCCGACCGCCUCAACAGCUUCCGGCGGAGGCCACAGUGGGGGCGGGAGACUACCACUCGAAGAAGCGAUGAAAGCCAGUGCCUCAGCACCAGCAGCACCGAUGUCCGGGAACGAAAGCGAGAGUGGCCGACCGCCGAUAAUACGAGGAGGCUUGAUCAGUGAAAAAGCUGCUGAAGUUCAAGUAGAGUGGACGAAUGCAGAUUACAGAGAAGCCCUUCUAGCAGCAAAUGAAUGGGAUACGCUGAAUUUAUCAGCGUAAUAUUCAUUUCGUUUUUCUUUGGAUUUUUGUGCAGAAGAGGUUUUUAACUGUAGCGGAGGUAGCUGUAGCAUUCAUCGAUUCAACACCAUGAUCUUCUAAAUUAAAAAUAAUCGAAUGCAUGAUGACUUAGUGUUAAUCUCUAAAUUCAUAAUCGAAUGCAUGAAGACGACUUAAUGCAUCAAUUUCAAUUUCUUUGUCUAUGAAACAACAUCAGGGAGUUAAUGCAGGGUAUUCAUUCCAUGAACUACGUCCGUCCGAGUCGCAUCCAGGCAGCCGCUCUUCCUCUCAUUUGUCCACCAAAGAGCAAGAAUAUGAUUGGGCAAGCUGCCAAUGGUAGUGGCAAAACAGCGACUUUUAGUCUCGGUAUGCUCUCGCAGAUCGAUGGCAGAGUACUAGCACCACAGGCUAUGGUGAUGGCGCCGACAAGAGAACUGGCCAUCCAAACAGAAGAAGUAGUGUCAAAGUUGGGAAAAUAUAUGGGGAUCAAAGUCUUAAAAAUCCUUCCGCAAGGAGAAAGAAUAGAAAAGGGAAAAUGCGAGGCGCAAGUAGUAGUGGGAACGCCGGGAAGGGUAUUAUGAUUUUUGUACGAUUUUCUUUUUCUCCUUGGUCUGCAUCUCGGAGAUGUAGAACUACAAGUAAGACAACAUCUACAAGAACAUCUACCCAAUUAUAAUUACUUGAGAAGUGCUAGUGCUUUAAUAAUUCUCUGUGCAUCUAAAAUCAAAAACAGCAUACUCAUAGCAUAGGGCAGUUUAUAACACGAAUGGUGCAUGGGACGAAUGGCACGAAUGGCACGAAUGGCACACCCCAACAAACCCCAAAUGUGUCACGAAUGGCACGAAUGGCACAGGUUGACAGGGUUCCGCCAGCUGGCGCCCCUGGUCUCAUUCGCUUACCGAGUAUAUCGGUCGCAUGCAAGUGAUUCCGCCCAUGAGAGAAGCCACAUCGUGACGACGAAGAAGGGAAGAGGUGGCGCCGAAGCAUGGCGCCCCGCCCGUAGCGGGGGGGCAGCCUUGGCACCUAGUGGAACUGUGUGAGGGAUGUGCGUUUGGCUGAGUGCAGGGUUUGGCGCCCGAAGGGCGCCCCGCGCCCGCGGGGUUCUUGGCGAUCGGCGUAGAGCAUCGAGCAGGAAGUGGCAACCCAGUGGGGAGAGCAACGCGUCGGAACGCAGGGCGCCCGAAGGGCGCCCCGCUCUCGAAGGUCUAUUUGGUCCACGAAUGGGACGAAUGGCGAGGUCGAUCGCGGUCACGGAUUGCGCCCCCGCCAUCCGUGCCAUUCGUGCCAUUCGAUCCAUGCCAUUCCACACCUGGAGCCCUUAUUUUUUAGCAUACUGUAACAACUUUUCCAACAAAUACAAAUCUUAGAUGUACGACGUAGUGAAGAAGCGCAUCCUCAAUGUCGAUCGCGUGAAAGUCUUCGUCUUAGAUGAAGCAGAUGUCAUGUUGGACCAGGAGAACCAGAUGGGUCGUGACGUAGGCGCAGUACGCAAGUGGCUACCACAGGAGUGCCAGGUUUUGUUUUUUUCCGCGACUUACCCAGACCACGUGAGGGACUUCGCCAAGACUAUUGUACCAGCAGCAGCGAAGAUUACCGUUCAAAACAAGGACUUGGCGAUUGACACCAUCUUAAGUUUUUAUCAGCUGUGCCGGACGAAUGACGACAAAUAUGAAGCCUUGAAGGAGAUAUACUCCCAUCUCAACGUCGGACAAAGCAUCAUAUUCAUGAACAGCAGGAAACUGGCGUAUUACUUUCACUUUUUUUUCCAUCAUUUUGGAUCUAGAAGUACUUCUAAAUCUCAUUUAAGUAGAUCCUUCAACGGUUUCGUCUUGCAGUCAAUCACUUGCGACGCAUUUUUGAUGAUGGCACAUCUUUCCAAUUACCACUCAUCAUCCAUAUCUCCACAGGCACGAAGUAACCGUCCGACUAAAACGUGACGGCUAUGCUACUUCUUUGAUCUGCGGAACGCAAAAGAGCGGGCCCGAGCAGGUGGAUCCGUCUCACCGUGACAAGGUGAUGGAAGAAUUUCGAAGAGGGAUCACCAAAGUCCUGAUAGCGACUGACGUUCUAGCAAGAGGCAUCGACGUGCCAGCAGUCACAUUAGUGGUCAACUACGAGAUCCCGACGUGCUGGAGAGAAGGAUCGCUGUAUCUACCUUUAUGUUCCUACCAUUGUUUCAAGCUAGUUGAAGUGCUGGAAAGAAGGAUCGCUGUAUCUAGAUUUGUUCCUACUUGUUUCAAGGUAGUUGAAGUAAGUCUAAGUCUGAUGGCGUUAUUAAAGUAAGUCCUCUAAGUCUACUUUUUUAAGAAGUAGAAGUUUAGUACUACAUUGAUGACACGACCUACAAGUACCAACCACGACCAUGGCAACCUCCUCAUCCAUGCUAAUUAAAAAGGUCAACUACCUCAAGAAUGGGAGGUACACUACUACUACUACUACUUACCUUCACCAAGAACAGCAACAUGAACACACAGCAACAUGAACACAACCUAAUACAACCAGGGCCGACGAAAGACUAGCAGCUGGGGAAACGUAUUUACACCGAACCGGACGAACCGGGCGAUUCGGCAUGAAGGGAUUGACGGUAAACCUUGUCACCGAUCAUGAAAAGACCCUGAUGGAUGGGAUCCGAGAGCAGUUUAACAUCAAAAUGAUCACCAACCUCGAUGGCGACUACGAACUUUUGGAGGAGAGACUAAAGCAGGCGAGGAAAGGACAGUAAGACUCGCCCAUUGAAAAGCGUUCUUGCUCUUGUUCUUGUUCUUGUUGACAGUACUUCUACCAGUAGUACUAAAACAACGAUGAAUUAAACUACUACUACUACUUGUCUACAACGAACUCUAUCUCGAACUCGAGAAAAAAACUCCUUACUAAACCACGCUAUUAGAACAAACUACUUUCACAACAUAGAAAUUAUCGUGUUCUUCAUGUUCAGGGGUUAGAGAAGUCAGAAAAUUUACAUUUAAAUUUUCCUAUCAAGGAAUACGCCAAAUAAAAUCUUAUAAAUAUUUUCCUCAUCCAAGAUGUUGAACUACUACCCCAGAGCAUGGGGCCCAGACGCUUCUACAUAAUUCCCUUGGCGCUCUCACUGUCCUACUUCUAUCCACCUUUAUCCAAACAAGGUGGAAGAUAUGUUUGAACCGCACGCAAAAUUGUCAUCCCCUUCUCGACUACAACAAGAACGUUGUCCCAUACAUCCAUGCUGCGGCACAUAGAAAUUCACCAUGGAAAAAAUCCCGCUCCAAGCGAAAAGCAAAAC